GUUCUCUAUAAAUAAUAUCAUUCAUAAAGUGUAAUCAAAAUGUUGAAAAUAUUCUGCGUUUUUGCUAUUACAGUAACUACAGUUUUAUCUUUUAAAUUACCUGAACACUUUUUAGCUCUGGGCCAAGAUUAUGCAUUUUCAGUGGUCAGGUUAAAUUUUCUUCAAGCUUAUGCGGCUUGUAAAAGAUAUGGCUGGACGUUGGCAACUGAGAAAAAUGAACUUCAAACCAAUACUCUAGCUGAAGAAAUUAAAGCAAAUAAAAUUCAGAGUGUCGCAUAUUGGAUUGGCGGUUUCUAUCAAAGCGACCAAGAAUUUCUACCACGCUGGAUAUGGCUCGAAACAGGAGAGUCUUUGAACUAUACGAAUUGGUACGUGGAACCAACAUCUACUUUAUCACCCGAUAUUACUACUAUUCCAGUUACUACAUCUCCUACUCCAAAACCACCAGAUUCUAAUAUCUGCCUGAAGAAAAACGACUUCGUGAAUCACAACGGCGAAUGGACCGCUGAAAAUUGUGGUACCGAACUGGAAUUCAUCUGUGAAACGUCCUGAAACAUAAAUAAAUAAACAUUAACUAAAU